AAAUUGAUGGACUUGCUUUUGGGAUUUUUGUCUUCUAUUUCAAGAGAUUUGGCGUGCGGAGUAGUGAAUCAACUACGUUAUCCUUGUUGUUUCAACAAAUUUGUUGAUGAACUUGAAAAAGAAGAAGGCAAUUUGAUUGCCACAAGAAAUACUGUACAAGACCGUGGUGCACAUGCCCAGAAACAAGCGAGAAAGUCUACUGAAGUUGUUGAAAAGUGGCUGAAUGAUGCUAACAUUGAUGUAGAAAAAGUGAAUCAACUGCUAACAGAGGCAAGAACCAAAAAGACUUGGUGUUUUGGGCUUUGUUCAAAUUGGAUUUGGCGAUACCAAUUAGGAAAGAAGUUAGCAAGUAAAAAUGAGGAGCUUAAAGAAUGCACUGAAAAAGGUAGACAAUAUAUACAAAUUGAACGCAUUGCUACACUUCCUUCCACUAAGCUUGGUUUUCUCUCAGAAAAUUGUUUGAAUUUUGCAAGUAGAAAAUCUGCUAAUGAACAGCUGAUGGAGGCAGUGAAAGAUGAUCAGGUUGGCAUGAUUGGAUUGUUUGGGAUGGGUGGUUGUGGUAAAACCACGUUGGCAAUGGAAGUUGGGAGGGUAGCAGAGGCAGAACAUCUCUUUGACAAAGUUCUUUUUGUACCUGUCUCUAAAACGGUAGAAGUUCAAAGGAUCCAAGAAAAAAUUGCAAGCUCACUUCAGUAUUCAGAAAACGAAGAAAUUGAGAGAGCCCAACGCUUAUUCCAUAGAAUAAGACAUGAAAAAAGGAUUCUGGUGAUUCUAGAUGAUGUGUGGCAGAGGCUUAAUUUUAGAGCCAUAGGGAUUCCCCCUCAUGAAGAUCAUAAAGGUUGUAAGGUUCUCAUCACCACUCGAUAUGGAAAUGUUUGUCAAGGAAUGAAUUGUCAAAGAACGGUUCAAUUACAAAUACUGAGCAAUGACGAAGGGUGGAUUCUUUUCCAACAGCAAGCAAAUAUAUGUGAGGAAGCUUCCAGUCCCUUGAAAUUGGCAAGAGACAUUUCAGAUGAAUGCAAAGGAUUGCCUGUUGCCAUUGCAGCUGUGGCUGGCUCUUUGAAAGGCAAAGCUGAAGCUGAUUGGAAGGCAGCUUUGAAUAGAUUGAGAAGUUCGAUACCAGUGAACAUUGAAGAAGGUUUGCAAGAUCCUUACAAGUGCCUCCAAUUAAGCUAUGACUAUUUGGACACCGAAGAAACCAAGUCUCUUUUGUUGUUGUGUUCUGCAUACGCCGAAGAUUAUGAAAUACCAGUUGAAGAAUUAACCAGAUAUGCUGUAGGUCUAGGCUUAGGUGGAGAAGUUGGCUCAUACGAUGCAAAAAGAAAUGAGGUAACUGCAGCUAAAAAUAAGCUCAUAAGUUCUUGUUUGUUGAUAGCUGUUGAGCCAGGGAAUCGUGUCAAAAUCCAUGACUUAGUUCGCGACGUAGUCCAAUGGAUUGCGAAGCAUGGGAAUAAAGAUGUGAAUGAAUACCCUCCACCAAGAUACCUAUGGUGUGAGGAAUUUCCAAAUGAACUUGACUGUUCCAAUCUUGAAUUUAUAAGGACACAAACAAACGUGGAAGCAUUGGAUGAAAUAUUCAGAAGAAUGAGAAAACUCAAAGUUUUGAUUCUAGAAAAUGUGGGGUCCCAGAAGCAAUUGUCGAUGAUGUUAGUCAAAUCGUUGACAAAUCUUCGUUGUCUAGCCCUCGAAGAAUGGGAAUUAAGCGACAUCUCAAUUGCAGAAGAUAAAUGGAAUCUUGAAGGUCUUGCAUUGAUUAGCUGCUCGUUCCAGUUCCCUAAAUUAUUAGACGGUGUUUUAGCUAAAGAAUUGACAUAUUUGAAAUGGUUAGAGAUAAAAGAUUGUGGCAUGGAAUGGAGUACUUUUGAAGUGAUCAUAAGACUACCACAACUGGAAGAAUUGUACAUCGUCGACAAAGGAAUAAGAAGUGUUGUUUACUCUGAAAACUUUGACAAGUUCGUUGUUCCACAGAGACUGCAAUGGUUUGGCAUCGAAUUUGGAAUACGAUAUUUUCCUAUAAUUUCCACUGAUGACCGAGCUUUGUUGGUCAGUGAGUUUCGCAUGUCAAAUGAAAUUAUCAAGGGUUUUGCCAGAAAAGCUGAGACUUUGGAACUGUAUUUUAUGACCGGAUGUGAGAAAAAUAUUAUCCCUGACUUAUUUGAAACAGAAAGAGGAAGCUCGAACGAGUUGAAAAGGCUUAACAUGUUUUAUUGUAGGGAGAUAAGAACCUUAUGGCACGGUCUGUUGCCUUUCAGCGGGCCUUUUGAGAAACUAGAGAGCCUGUGUAUAGAGUCAUGUCCAAAAUUAACUUCUCUGGUUGCUCUAAAUGAGGUACAAAUGGAAGAAUUAGAAAUAUCAAGAUAUGGUCAGAGUCAAAAUGAAUUCGAGCGCCAGCUUCCUCUGCAAUUCAAUCUCUUCCAAAAUCUUCAAGAAGUUACGGUAGAACGUUGCGAUGAAUUGAAAUACUUAUUCUCAAUCAGCGUGGAAGGAGAGUUAUCUGGAUUGAAAGAGUCAGAAUUAGAUGAAAUCAUGGAGGAUGAGAAGCCUCAAGUUUUUCCAAAUCCUUAUUUGGAAUCUAAUCAAUAUCAAAAUCUGCGAGCAUGUACUUCUAUUGCAUCAACAUCAUCCUUUGCCAAGCACCGAGAUUUUGACCAUGAAGAAUUGGGAUGCUGUCUUCCCAAAGUUAAAAAAGCUCAGAGUAAACACCUGUCACCAACUGGAAUACGUGCUUGGCCCGUAUCAUCGGAGUAUUCAUAUUCUUCUCCCAUCAUUGGAAAUACGUACUUGAAAGAUAGUUAUGUUCUAAUCAUCAGGGAAGCCUCUGAGUUAGAAGAACUAAUCGGAGAAGGUGACGUGACAAGGAAUGUGAAACUUGAGCUUCCAAAGCUGAAUGCUUUGAUAUUUUGGAAAUUGACAAAAUUUCGCCAAGAGAUUGAAUCACAUGUUGAGGUGGAUCGUGUUGUCCUUAAUUGUCCAAAUCUCUCGUUGACUUCAAAUGCCAUUCUUGAAGAACUCUGGUCAAAAAUAGAAGAUGAUGUAGAAAGAGUUUUUGAUCUCUCAUACGAGAUACGGGAGUUGCUUUUUAAAAUUAGUUCAGGGCGUGGCGGGUUGAGAACGGGAGACAUUAUCUUUGAAGAUCUGCCGGUAGCCACUGUAGAAGAUGACCCUAAAUCUCGAAGAGCAUCAGGAAUUGGGUCGCCUUCUUCACAAACACAGGAGUCGGUUUCUGAAACAAGUUCGGAGACAUUGCCUUUGAAUAUCUGGGAGAAGCCACCGUGUCCAGAUGGCCCUAUAUCUCGAAAAGCAUCAGAAAGUGGGUCGCCUUCUUCACAAGUGAGUUAUGCCAGCUGA